AUGGAUUCUUCUUAUUCUUCUUCGGCGAGGAAGAACACCAAAUUGUCCGUGAGAAGAAAACCUAGUUUCAAGAAAACCACGAAUUUGGGCAUGAGGGAACAGACCCUUCUCAAGAAAGCCUUGGAGCUUUCGACUCUAUGCGAGAUCGAAGCCUGCGUACUCCAUUACAGCCGUGACGGAGAACUCAUCCAGACAUGGCCCGAGGAUCAUUCAAAAGUCAGAGACUUGGCCGAGAGGUUUAGCAGAUUAAGCGAUAGAGAAAAGCUCAAGAAAAGCUCAAACCUUUCUCAAUUCCUAAACAAGAAGAUGAACGACGAGAAUAAGAGAUCUCUCGAGGGUAAAGACGAUGGUAAAUUCUCACGGAGAGUCUCGGAGAUUGAAGCUUCUUUGCAAAAUAUUCAACAGAUAUUACAGGACAGACGUAGCCGGGUUCUUCAGCCCCAAGAUCAUCAGACCGAGCCAGAUCAAAAUCGAAACUUUAUGGUUCCUUCCUCUGCCUUCAUCUCCAAGGAUUCAUCUUCUUCACUAUCCAAGGACCCGCUGACGAAUUUCUCAAACGAUCAGAGCCCUCUUGCAGUUUCGUCAGAUUGUGGAUCCGAACAAAGUCAAGAAUUUAGGGUUUCUUCGCCAGCCUUCUCCUCGAUGGAUUUACCAUCUUCUUCUUCUUCCGAUCCGUUCAUCAAUUUACCAUCAAGUUCGCAAAUUGAAGAUCAAGGCCUGUGCCGUGCUUUUGCUACCCGAUGUGGCUUCGCAACUGAUUCGUUCAAUCCUUCUGAGGGAAAGUAUUCCGUUUUCCUUUACAACCAUGACAACGCUACUUUUACUCAACUGGGAGGCUCUGCUUCUUCAAGCUUUGACCAGGCGUUGACUCCGUUUAACAACAAUAUGAGUUCAGCUUUACUUGGGACACACGAUUUCGUUGGGGAUGGAAGCUGCAUCAACAACAACAUUCCGGCACUAAACCCAUUUCUUGAGCUUGGUCAGUGUGCCUCAUCAUGGAAUCAGACGGCUUCUUAUGUGGAUCCAAUGAUGUUAUCAUCUUCUUAUUGUUAG